AUGGUUAACUCCUCUGCAGACCGACUGGCUCGAACUGGCUCUGGUGCCCGUACCAUCCAGACUCGAGGAAAGCGCGUCGAACUGGGGUCUGUGCGUGCUGGUGACUUCCAAGGACAGAAAUUAUACGGCAUCUCGCUUCAAGAAGAGGAGGACGACGACGCCGACGCGCUGGCAGAAAGUAGUAGUAGCGGCAGCAGUGACGAAGACGAACUAGACGACGACCUCCUGGUCCGAGAUGACGCAAUGAACGUGAGCCUCGCAAUGAAGCUCGUCAUUAACGGCACACCCGUCGCGGGCGGCAAUUCCGUCGCGGGCGGCAAUUCCGUCGCGGGCGGCAGUUCCGUGGCGGGCGGCAAUUCCGUGGCGGGCGGCAACAUGCAGAAUGAGAACAUCAACUUCCGAACUAACGUCGGUGCCAGCGGCGAUGAGGAUCAGGUCAUGACGGUUGAAGAGCCGGAAAAAUCUUGA